UUUGAACAAACAUCCAAUACAAGGUCCCGGUGAAGGUAUUGCAUGUGUGUGUUAUCAUAUUGCCAAUCUGAUAUUGUUGCUCAUAAGCUAUUUCUAUCAUCGAAGGAAAACAUCAGUGUGUCUGUCCGGUAAUCUAAGUCCGCUGUCACAAUGACUUUUGUGCAAAGUCCAAAUGACUGAUUUGUUUUUUAGUGUUUAUGUCCUGUAAUGUCAGUAGUGUGUAGUGUAGUAAAACUCAGACCAGAGAUCUUUUAUCCAAAGGGAAAAGUAGGUGUGUCUGUAGCUUGUUAUGCAAGUCAGUACACAGUCACACACAGCUUUGUGCAGACUGCAUUACUGUUUACUGGCUGUGGGGACCAAUGAAGGGUUACAAAAGCGUGAUCAGGUGUUAUGUAACGCUUUAUACGAAACGCCUUCCUUUAGAAAGAAGUUUUGAUAAGCUCAAACAGUUCUCCUGCUGCUGGUUUAACUCUCUUUAACUAUGUGGCUUUACAAUGUUGUGCUGGGUUUGGACCUCAAGGUGUUGUUCCUGUUUACUUUUGUUUUUAUUAUAAUAGCAGACUUCCUCAAAAACAGAAAUCCUCCAAAUUUUCCUCCCGGACCGAUGUCUCUUCCCCUGGUGGGGAAUGUGUCCGGUAUGGACAUGAAACGUCCAUAUGUUUAUUUUACAAAGCUGGCUGACGUCUAUGGGAAUGUGUGCAGCUUCCGCCUCGGCGGUUUCAAGAUGGUGUUUGUCUCUGGGUACAAGACGGUGAAGGAAGCCUUAGUCACACAAGCCGACAACUUUGUGGAUCGUCCACACCAGGCAAUGGGCAACAGGAUGUACUUAGGAGAAACAGGUGGUCUGUUCAUGAGCAACGGUGAAACUUGGAAGAGACAGCGACGCUUUGCCUUGUCUACCUUACGCAACUUCGGCCUGGGCAAAGUAACCAUGGAGCAGAGUAUCUGUGAGGAGAUCCGACACCUGCAGGAGGAGAUAGAGAAGGAGAAAGGUCAACCUUUCAACCCUGCAAGGCUCCUCAACAACGUUGUGUCCAACAUCAUUUGCCAGCUGGUGAUGGGGAAACGGUUCGACUACAGCGACCACAACUUCCAGACCAUGCUGAAGUAUCUCUGUGACAUUCUUAGGCUGCAGGGCUCUGUGUGGGCUAUGCUGUAUGAGGCGUUCCCUGGAGUGAUGAAGCACCUGCCAGGUCCUCACAACAAAAUCUUCAGCCACAUCGACGCCGUCCUGGACUUCAUCAGUCAGGAGGUGGAGAGCCACAAGAAGGACCUGGACCGCAGCGAUCCCCGGGACUACAUUGACGCCUUCAUCAUUGAAAUGGAGAAUAAUCAUGAGUCUGUUCUGGGCUUCACUGAGACCAAUCUGGCUCUGAACUCUCUGGAUAUGUUCCAGGCUGGUUCGGAGACAACCUCCACCACUCUACUGUGGGCUUUGGUUUUUCUCAUAAAAUUCCCCGAGGUCCAGGACAAAGUUCAGGCAGAAAUAGACGGAGUGAUCGGACGGACCCGACAGCCCAGUAUGGGAGCCAGACCCAACAUGCCUUACACUGAUGCCGUCAUCCACGAGAUCCAGAGGAUGGGAAACAUUGUUCCCUUAAACGGACUCAGAUUAGCUGCCAAGGAUACGACACUAGGCGGUUAUUUGAUACCCAAGGGUACGUCCUUGAUGCCCAACCUAACCUCUGUGCUGUUUGACAAGACUGAAUGGGAGACUCCAGACACCUUCAACCCCGGACACUUCCUAGAUGCUGAGGGAAAGUUUGUGAAGAGAGACGCUUUCAUGGCUUUCUCUGCAGGGAAACGUGUGUGUCUCGGUGAAGGCCUGGCCAGGAUGGAGCUGUUCCUGUUUUUGGUCGGUUUACUCCAGAAGUUCUCUUUCUGUGUUCCUGAUGGAGUAGAGUUGAGUACAGAAGGAUUAUCUGGAGUUAUACGUGCACCACACCCCUUCAAAGUUCAUGCCGAGGCUCGCUGAAUUAUGUAACAUCUCAAUGAAUCACUUUUCAUCUAAACAAUGUGUAAUAAACUGCACAAAGCAAAAGGCUUCUGGAGAGGAAGCUGUAAUCGAUCUCAACCUUUCACUGUUGUAUCAUUGCCUCAUGUACUGAUGACCUUUAUUCUCCCCAACUCUACAUUUUAUUAUACAUGCUAACAUUAUUAUUUCAGUAAAAUAUUCUUUUGUUAAUGGUUCUGUUCAGAUUUUACCGAACCAAAAACUGCCUGUUUGUUCCUCUGCUUUGCCUGAUAGCACAACACAAACAGCCAACCAGCUUUUGACGAUGGAACCCUGUUUCUAUUUAGCCUGGAUCUGUUUCUGGCUAUUGGUAACUAAUUUAUAAUUUUUGUAAUUUUUUACAUGCACAAUGAAUCAGUGCCAUGCCAUUUGCUCCCACUGUAGGCUACUUUGUACUUCUGUAUUCUGGGUCAACACUUUACACGAUACACAUCCAACCUCAGUCUCAGGUCACUGAAAGACCUGUUUUGCACUUGGAGAUUGUUGUUGCUCACAUAGCUGCUAAAGUAAAUAUGUCAAGUGUCACAUGCAGCUUGGUGCAGACUGUAAUUAAUAGAUUUUCUUUGGUGUUUUCUGUCCUUAAUGUUAGUAAUGCAUGUAGUCACACAUAUAUUUAAUGUGUAAAUGACUAUUCUCUGGUGUUUAAUGAAGUCUCUCCAGAGGUGUGUAGAGGUCCAUCUCCAGUGUUCUAGUGGUACAUUGUGUUAUCGCCUUAGAAGACGAACAGAGGGGUAAAAAAAAACUUGGAGAAGUACAUUAAUAAACAAAUGUG